AUGGCUUUGUGUCUGGAAGUCCCCCUGCGGAAGCGCCAGCUCCUCAGCCUGGAUCCGCGGUUGGAAGCAACAGGCGUGUAUCCCUCUGCGCCUUCCAACUUCGAUUGCUCCAAGAUCAUUGAGAUCACAGUGGAUGAAAUUCAGGCGCUCUUCUUGACCGGAGAGCUGACCUCACGUGCCCUAAUCGAGUGCUACCUGCAGCGCAUUGCGGACUUUGACAACCCAAUAACCUUCAAGGGCGAGGUUGCAUACGCAACAAAUUCCGUCAUCGAGUUGAACCCAACAGUGCUGGCAGACGCAGAUGCCAAAGACGCCGAGCGAGCGGCAUGUCUUCCUACUUGCAACCUCAGCAAGAUCCACGGGAUCCCCGUCCUGCUCAAAGACAACGUGGCAGCAGACGGGAUGAAUGUCACAGCAGGCUCCUACGCUCUGCUGGGAGGCUAUCACUCCCCCGCGUUCCUGACAAUCCUUAUUCUGAACGCUGGCGGCAUUAUUCUUGGCAAGGCGGGCCUGUCUGAGUGGGCCAACUUCAGAAGCAUUUACUCUGUCUCAGGAUGGUCUGGCCGUGGAGGUCAAGUCAAUGAUCCGUACGUUCGCUACUUCAUCGACGGUCAGGACAAUAUCACCGAUCCUUACACCAACAUUCCUAGCGCAGUCACGCCAGGAGUCUACUACAACGCAUCCAAUCCAGGCAUUGUGUCAGGAUCUUCGUCUGGUUCUGCAGUUGCAGCAGCGGCCAAUAUGGUCACUUUGACGAUUGGCUCUGAAACUAGCGGGUCCAUUUUGUCACCCAGUCAGUUCAAUGCAGUGGCAGGCAUCAAGCCGACAGUGGGCCUUGUUAGCAGGAGCGGAGUAGUGCCUCUGUCAGCCUCACAAGAUACUGCAGGGCCCAUGUGCCGCACUUUAACGGACGCCACCUAUUUGCUGGACGUCAUUGCUGCACCGGACGCAACCGACCCUGUAACGCUCACUCAAGUGGUUCCUGCUGGAGGUUACGCACAGUUCCUGAAUAAGAAUGGGCUGCAAGGCAAGAAGAUUGCGAUCGGCCCAGUAGGACCGUACGAUGGAGCCGACGACCAGAUCAUGGCCGCCUACGCUAAAGCCGCAGAGUUUAUGAGGUCCGCGGGCGCUACCGUGGACGUUCUACCUGACAACUUCACCUUGCCAGGCGACGACCUAAGCACCGGACUCUUGCUCUGGUACGACUUCAAGCAGAACAUUGCCACGUACCUCAGCGAAGUCACCUGGGCUCCUGGCGUUACUCCCAAGAACAACCUGGAGGACUUGAUCCAAUUCAAUCUGGACAACUACUUGCUGGAGUUCCAAGGCGGGACGUGCUGCCGCGGUCAGGUCGCGUACGGCAACUUCUUCCAGGACAUCUUCGACGUGGCCCAGAAUACCAGCGGAUUUGACGACCCAACUUACAUGCAGUACAAAGCGAAUGCGGCUCAAACCAAGGUCCUAAUCGAACAGUUCUUCCAAUCCAACGGCUACGAUGCCAUCACGUCUUUGGGUGACUACAUUGACGACUUUGCGCGCACGCAGCAGCCCGGGGUUACCGUUCCCCUUGCGCUUUCCGCGGCUGGCUACCCGCUCGGCAUCAUCUUCCACGGGCUGUCCUACACGGAGGGAAAGCUCAUUGAGAUUGCGUACGCAUUCGAGCAAGGAUUUGGCUUCGGGCGUCCGGCCCCCACUUAUUGCGACAGCGCUAGCUGCUCUUGAAAAAAGAUGGAGAAAGUUCCUAACUUAUUGGUAGUGCGGCAGAGCGGCAAACAGCCAGAAAAGCCUAAACGUUGCAGAACUUUCUUGCAAAAACGAUUGGAAAGGCGUUCUUGGUGUCCUUCAAUGUAAGCAUGGGAAGGGUAUUUUGUGGCGUGAAGGUAGACUCGGCGUUUGCUAGGCGCGGUGCGGGGGACAUCAAAACUUAGGCCAAGCGCGCUGUUUCUUCUGCC